AUACAUAUGUCAUAACUGGAGUUAAUGAAUUAGGAGAAGGAAUAUCUAAUAAUAAAACAUUCUCAUAUCAAAGAGUGCCACAAUCAGUUACCGAAGCUGGCUCAAAUAUAAUAGCAUUUAGUCAAAAUACUUCUACUGCUUUCUUUAAUAUAUCAGUGGUAUUGGAGUGUACUGGUGAAGCUCCUGAGAAUGCUACAGUUACUAUACAAUGUACUGGAGCUGGUGUUAUUUUUAACAACACGUAUCUAGUGGAAUAUACUACACAAUCAAUGAAUAUAACAGGAUCAGUAUUAGUACCACUACAUGAACAGUGUAGCAUCAGUAUUGUUUUUAGUAAUGAGGCUGGUAGUAGUGAACCAUUUUUAGAAUUAUUCAAUACUACUGCUAGCAUUUUUCCUACAAUUGCCACUGAAACCCCCUCAUCAACAAGGGGGACUAUUAAUGACACCAGUCAUUAUAUUAUACCUGUUGUGGUUAGUACAAUUAGUGUAUGUAUUGCACUAGUGCUAGUAAUAAUCUUAACAGUAUGUGCUGUGAUCAUUGUUACUAAAAAAAGGACAAAACAAGUAUAUUCUUUGUCAAUUGACAUGGCUAAUACUGAAAAACUACAAGUUGAGGCCAAUCAAUAUCAAGAUUUUCAUGAGUUAAUGAAUAUCACAUCAGCUGUAACAUUGACUAAUAAUAGACCAAUAGAUGAUGAGAGUCCCUAUCAUGUUGGUAUCACUGAGUUUCUUCCUCGUGAGACCAUUCCUUCCAACAUUGUUGAAGAAUCGAUGCAAAAACAGAGAUCAGAAACUCAAGAGGACAGCAUAUCAUCAACAGCAUCAAAUAAGAUUCAUGACCCUGAUGAUCUUGCUGUUACAGUUAAUACCAAUGACGACACUACUCAUACUGAAGCUGUUAUUGCUAAAAGGACUGAUGCUCCUACUACACAUAAUAAUCCACCUACUGCUGUUAAACCUAAAGCUAUUGGAAAUGUCAAUGCUAGAAAAGGACAUGCCAAAUUUACUAGCAAAGAUGAGCAAUUUAAAGUAGAAGCAUCAGAGCGUUCAGAAGAGGAGAUGGAGAGAGAAGAGCAAGCUUUGGUAACAAAACAAUGACAUUGGACAGUUUUAAGGAUCAACACAAAGGGAUAUCAUUAUUAAUGAUUUUGUUUAAUCUCCCCUCAUGUUUUUAUAGUAAUCGUUUUGUAUCUUUU